CUAGCAAGUUUGGUUGAAUUGCACGUCUGCUGUUUUUCCGCUCUGCCUCAUACCAAUCUCAAAAGCGGAUCAAUUCGGAGGAAGAAAUCGGGACCUUAGAGGUUAGAAAAUUCAGAAAUUCUAUUUCAAUCUUUUUUAGUUUGCGAUUUGUAAAGUCUGUUUCUUUUGUAGCCAAGUGUAUAGAAUGGUAACAUUAUGUUGUUGCAACCCAUUCAUAAUUAAAGGAGUGGCCCAACGCUAACGUUACUAGUUAGCUUUUACUACCGUAGGCUAACGUUAGCUAGAUGCUCAUCUGGCGGGCUUAUGUUAGUUAGUUUGUCUGGCGGAAGCAAGAUAGAUGCAUCCUUUUUGUGUUGAAUAAAUGUCAACGUAGUAGGGAUGUAGUUAGGUAACUGUUUAUCUCUAGCGUAGUCUAUCUGUGCACUGUCUGAAUGCUAACGUUAGCUUGCUAGCUAACGUCGUUACACAGUCAGCAACUGUGACCACUGCACUGCCAGCCUAACUAGUUAUGAUUGCUAACUAGUUAACGUUAAAUGGUUAGCUUAUAGCUAGCGUUGAGUCUUUCUGCGUUAACUAACGUCAGGUAGCUACUGGUACUGUUUCACUAGCUAGCAAACGGUAGCGACCCAUCAAAUUUGACAGACACCACGUCCACGCACGCAAGACACGCGCACACACAUCCGAAUGUAACGGUAGUUAGCGUGUGUAACCUGUACAAGUCCGAUUGCUCUCAAAUGGUUAUUUCUAUCGGCUUCAGUUUAUAAUACGCUGGUGUUAGCAAAAGUGCAUUCACUACAUUGGGUCACAACCUCUUCCAUAAUAAAUUGACAAACAGUGACAUAAACCUCCCGUUUUACACUUGCAGGUUUUUGGUGGAAUACUCCGGAGCAUCCCCUACUCUCCAUCUUGUACUUCCUUCUUCAAUUUAUUCCCUGUUGCAUUCCUGGACUCCUAUUGUUUUUAAACAGUCCCUGACUAGUCAAGCUAAGGUUACACACAAAAGAAUAAAAAACAAUGGAUAAAACGGAGCUUAUUCAGAAGGCCAAGUUGGCGGAGCAAGCCGAGCGCUACGAUGACAUGGCUGCCUCCAUGAAGGAGGUAACGGAGCAGGGGGGCGAGCUGUCAAACGAGGAGAGGAACCUGCUAUCUGUCGCAUACAAGAAUGUGGUCGGAGCACGGCGGUCGGCAUGGAGAGUCAUCUCCAGCAUCGGACAGAAGACCGAGGGAAGCGACAAGAAGCUCGCAAUGGUCAACGAAUACCGGGAGAAGGUGGAGGGAGAGCUGAGAGAUAUCUGCAACGACGUACUGGUAUGUAGUACUAAUACAGAUUAAUUAUUCUGGAAAUGUUUAGUACAUAAAGUGGGUGUUAAGUGUAUGGUACUAGCCUAGGACAGUGGUUCCCAACCAGGGGUACUAGGACCCAUGGAGGUACUUGGCCUAUCCACAGGGGGUACUUGAGAAGACUCAUGAGACCAUAGGCCUACUGGUAAAAUGUGCAUGAGGGGGUACUCCGGGUAGAUCAAAAUUCAGUUGGUGGUACAGUAACCAAAAAAAGUUGGGAACCACUGGCCUAGGAUACUGAAUACACUCAUCUCACCCUCUCACAGCUUGCAGCUGGGAAAGUGUGGUCACUAGUCAGACAGUCACUGUGUUGCAUCAUUAUAUUGACUAUGGAUGUAAAAUAUCAUUUUAAAUAGUUGAUUAGUUAUCUUUCUAGGUCUAGGAAGUGUUUGGUUACCUGCUCCUCCUGAGGCAUAUUUGAGUGCAUCAGUGCAAGCACGAGACAUCAGUAAUUCACCCAGCCAUACUGCCACAGGAAUCUAAUCUCUAUGCUGUCUGGAUAAAUGUGCUGAAGAAAAGGGUCUCUCUUUAAAUUAGGAGCAAUGCCUUCUCUGAACAGUCAACACUACAUUUAAGUAUGCUCGAUGAAAUACAUUGUUUGCAUAACAAAAGCAUAGCUAUGCAGAUUUAUCUCCAUGUUUUUAUCAGUCUACCAGGAUUGGGUUGAAUUCUGUCUCAAUUCAGGUAGAAUUGCACAUAUAUAUUUUUUUCUAUGUUAAGUUUAAUUCCUGAAUUGAAAUGGAAUUGACCUUUGGUCUCACUCUCAGCAUUGAGUGUUUCCCUGAACCCAACCAUGAAUUUAUUUAAAAUCUGUUAAGCAUAUCACACCUCCCAUUUUAUUUUACUCUAAACAGAGACUAACAUUAGAUUGUUUCAAUGCAAUGUGGAUCAAAUGUCAUGUCCCACGAUUCUCCAUGAGUUCCUACGGUCUAAAAUGGGGAUCUUCCCCCGGCCCCGAGAUGAGAAGGUAGUAUUGUAUUUUCAUCCCCUCCCCGGUUUCUUCCUGUUGGGAAUGUCUCACUGAACAAUGGGGUUUAACCACGUGAUGGCGCAGACUGACAAAGGUCACAAUCCAGUGUGUCUGCACAGCAAGGUGUGUCAGAAUGGGUGGAGUAGACACUGGCAGAGCACCAGUGGUGGCUGAUCAAGAGCUGUGCUGUUACAGGCCUGAAACUGGGAGUGCGUGGGCUCCUCCUGUUUUGAUACUGACAUAGGAUCCAUGUUCCUUGGGACAUCCCUACCCUAAACACUACCCUAACCAUAACCUUUACCUUAAUCAUUUUUUAAAUGUAAACUUCAAUGGAGUAGUGAUGUCCCAAGGAACCCGGAUAGCACGGACCAUUCACAUAGUUUAAUCUGGCACAUGAGUUGUAAUGAAGCUAGCGAAGUGAAAGAGUUCAUUCACAAUUGUGUAACAGGACUAUCAUAGCCCAGUUUGCUCAAUAGGCUAUGUCUCUCAACCCCACUAACCUAGCUUGCUACCCGUUUGGGGGCUCCGAAAUGGUAUGGUGCUCUGAUUGAUUUAAAACUGAAACAUGUAGGAAAAUAUAUUUUUUGUUCCCUUCCAUUAAUAUUACUUGACUGCCACUACGGACUCUUUUUCUGUUUGGUUUCAUCUGAGGCAAUUGUUUUCACUUCUUAAAUCCAAGGCUGUACUAGUGAAUGGCUCUGCCCAUUAUUCCUAUCCGGUCUUGAUAGUGGAUUAAGAGAGGAUCUCGUGGAGGCUUAACUGUGAGGUUGAGAGAAUUUCACUGUGCUGUUGGCCUUUAGACACAAGGAGGUCUGAGAUGAGGGGAUUGGGUUGAGGGGCGGGGCGGGCAGCGUUUGUAAGCACACUGGAGCCCAAUCUAGCACUGAACCAUACAUAUAAGAAUACGAUUAAGGGUUAUGACAAUGUCAUGUCACAUCUCUACAGAUUUUUAUGAAGGCGGCAGUGUGCCAGGGAGAUAUUCAAAGCAUGUCACUUUUUAAUCACAUUUCAUUGCCACUGCUGUUCUAAUUGGGUUGCUGUUAUUUACUCAGACCAAUAUAGAUAUUAAUGGUCACCAACAUAGAUUUUUUGUGGGAUAUAUGCAUAGUGGUUCUCUAUACGAGCAAGCAAACAAUGUCAAACCCUAUGUAUGUAGGCAUAACUGAUAAGCAGCUAACUGUAGGCUAUGGUGUAGGUGUACCUCAGGUUGGUUAACCACCCUCUCUCCUUUCCUGUAUGCCAGUGAGUCAUGGUUAUGUAAACUGUACAGAUGGGCACAUCUUCUGACCACACCUUACAGCUACCCCACGUCUGUGCACUUGCCACUUUCUAGUGUGUGUGGCUCUGACUCAGCUGCCUGCCAGUGUUGACUGAGGGCGUGGUGGAGCCAGCCUAUGAGAAUGUGUAUCACACUGCUUGCCCCAACUCGCCCCUUCUGCUUGGCGGCUGGCUACUGGUGCACAUAACCACCUGUCUCCUCUCAGCUGACAGGCCUUGGCUUGACUGGGCUGAAUUAGGCCUGGUGGUGGAGACAGGACUGGAUAAUAUGGCACUCACUUUCCACUGAGGCGAUGUCAUGCCAGACUGGACUGGGUGAAACCCCUCUGCUCUGCUGCCCACAGCCAGGCAGACACUGUACCCUUACCCACCCUGCCUGUCUGCACUGUGAAUGGAUCAUGGAAGCUGGAUAGUUACCCUCAGUAACCACCUCUCAAUCUGUUGGCAGCUGUAGUUUGUAUGCAACUACAGGUGAUUGUUCAGAAUCGGUUCACUUAUUGUUGGUUAGGCCGUGGCCAUCGACGCCGCCGGGAAAUUGGAGUCCUGCUGAGGGUGGUGCAGGCUGUUUUCAGUGCUCCACUUUCAGGUAUAGGUAAGACCGAACAGAACGUGGCCCACUACACAACAAUCCAGGCUUGUCUCUUCUUCACCUGUGAAUAUAACCUUGGCAAGACACAUUUUUUCAAAGUCAAACCUUCGAGGUUGUAAUGGCGAUGGCCCACAUUUUCUUGAUCAUUGAAAACCCGGCCAGAUUCGCACAGUAGUCUUGAUGGAAUAGCAUCCGGAUGUUCACGAUAUGCUCAUCUCCAAUAGACGAGCACAGCCACUAUACUGCAAUCUAGUCGAACCCUGGAGAAUUUCACCAGCUCUUGUUAGGACUAUAUCAUGGCCACAGAUGAUAUAUAGGAGCUGGUUUUAUCGAGCACAGUGCUAUUGCCUGGGUCAUUUAUUAGGGCAAACCGUAGCUAAAUGUUUUGCAACCCCAAAAUUAAAACCAGCAUUUCCUUUUGGACAGGUUCAUGUAAUUCCUCCCUGUUUCCUUCCAUUUGGUGCCUAAUAAAGACUGCCUUGGUCUGAGUGAAACUAGAGCGCUGUGUGAACUGAACACAUUGUGAACAACCAGGCCACUCUCCCUCCACUCGUCUGCAGGCAGGGCGACGUAUGGGAAGGAAUGCUGGGAACUUUAGACAUUUGAGCGUGCUGUUUAUCAUCUAGACUAAUCUCGUCUGUAAGUAGACUGGGUGGGAGUGGCUUGGGUAAGAGCGGGGGCAGGGCCGGAUGAGCCCUGAGACACGCCUACUUCGACUCACUGUCUGUCAGUGUCAGUAGUUGCCAUUAGGUCUGUCAGCCUCAUCUGCGGUGAACUUGUUUAAUCUGGUAUUUAAAACAAGGUAAUGUGACCUUAAACCCUUGGUCUCACUGACACAGAUUCGCAGUAAUCUGUAAUCAGGCAGCAGUCAGGCCCUUUUGGAGACUGAUCCUGAUGAGUUGGCCCUGCCUGGUUAGGCUCCUUCACGCUAACUAACUGGCGAUUGAGCAUUCCACACCGCAGUGUCAGGAGCUGAUACAUUUCCCUUACAGAAUGAAACUUGCCUUGGAUUGAACCCCACAUGAAAUGUAUGGUCAUGCAGGCUAUAGCGCCUACUGUAUUUCCUGUACCCUCUUCAGUAUAUUUAGUGUGUUGCAGAGGAACUGGUCUGCAGUGAUGCUGGAGUUUCUGCUGCUGCAGGGUUUAAAUAUAGAUGCAUAUGCUGUGGGGGGCCUGGGAGUGCUAUCUAAUAUGUAGCGUACAAGCAGUGCUGCUAUUUUCCCAGUGCAGUCAGUGCAUUCAGCCGCUGGGUUUGCUUCUGAGACACGUUGAUUCGAUGGCGGUGUCUGUGCUACUAAGACAGAGCACUGAAGAACGUUGGAACGAAAGGAGCCCGGAAGAAUCUGGGGCAAAAGAUGGCCAGGAACCCGCAGGAGGCCUGGCCUCAUUAUGGACAAGUUGGAAUGACUUGACGCAGUGCAAAAUUGGCUGGCCAAUUACCGUCAUCCAACAUUCCAUGACUGUCGCAGCCCUACGAGUGUAUGCCUCCCUCGUGUGGGCACAUCCAGCAAGGACAUCACUCGCAUGAUGUCAUCACGUGAGGCCACUGAACUGGUUAAUCAAAUUUGGUCACAGGCUCAAUCAAAAUGUUCAAAUAAUCAAGAUAUGAAUUUUGAAACGUGUGUUCGUCAUCGUUGAUACACCUCCUUGGUCCAGUACAGUCACUAAUGCUGCUAACCCAGUUUUUGUUGGAUACAUUACAGUUGUAACGGAAAGAUUUAGGUUAAUCUGCCCACCACUGGUGUGGGAGGGUUUGGUUGGGAACUCUGGAUAAGAUGGGAACUCAACUCACAUGGUCAUGUUUGGGUGUAUGUUGUCUCAGCCAAUCAGAAUCAACCUUCUUUCUUUAGCCAGUCAGAGUAGGUUAACAGGAUUUCAAUAAUAAGGAAACAUUGACUGUUAAAUGGAUGGAAGUUUAUGCAGUGUGUGAACAAAUGAUUAAUCCCUGUUUCCUUUCAACAGGAACUGCUGAAUAAAUAUUUAAUUGAGAACUCCACAAAUGCCGAAAGCAAAGUCUUCUAUCUUAAGAUGAAGGGCGACUACUAUAGAUACCUUGCCGAAGUCGCCUCCGGGGAUGACAAGACAGGUGAGAUUGAAAUGGCCCCUUGAACUGAAUACUGCAUGAGGUUUUUGCCAUGUUGGUAUUUGCAAGAAAUAAGCCUACAUUUUAGGUGUGUGAAUUACGGCAGGUAGCCUAGUGUUAAGAGUGUUGGGCCAGUAACCGAAAGGUUGCUGAUUUGAAUCCCUGAGCCGACUAGGUGAAAAAUCUGUCGGUGCCCUUGAGCAAGGCACUUAACCCUAAUUACUCCUGUAAGUCGCUCUGGAUAAGAGUGUCUGCUAAAUGAAUAAAAUGUCAAAUGUAAUAAUCUCCCUAGCCCAAGUGCUACUCGAGCCAGAUAUGUAAAAUACAUCAACUUUUUUUAUUUAAUCCCAGAAUGACAUCUAAACAGGCUUGAAAGACUGUGUGGGGCAUAAAGUAAAUGUUCUGUGGAGUAUAUACGUUGGUCCUCGCAGCCCAAUAGAUUUCGCCUCCCUCUGAUGGCGUAACAGCCCCAAUAUGAAUCUCCCCUCCGAGUCACAUCCUAAUAAAGAAGCCUUUGAUGGCCACUAUUACAAGAUAUUCUUUAGGACUUUGUUCUACAGUCUGCGAGGAGGUUAAAAUGAGGCCCCUCCACUUUAAACUCUGAGCCCUUCGUGCAGCAGCCGAAAUAGAACGGCACAUUUUGUCACAGAGCGGGAAAUGGUGUCAAGUGAGGCGUCACACACACUCGCGCCACCGCAGGGAACCGUCUCCUGAGGAAGAGGGGAGGAUCCUAUCCUACUGUAUGGACCUCUAUGAGACUCCCACUGGCACCCAUUGUGUGACGCACACUAAAGAGGGCUCUAUGCCCAGUUAUAAGCAUGUGCAUUUCAAAUGGGGCUUGGACAAAAGGAAAUCAAUGUGCCGCUUGACUGCGAUGUUCAGUUGCUUAUUGCAGAGAACAUGCCACACAGAAUCGUCCAAUACUACACCUGUAGUCUUUAACCUAGCAUCCACUAGCUGUCAAUGUCCACUAGCCUAUAUCAUAAUCGCUACAGAGUGAAUUUGGCUAACAAGUCUCACACUUGGUGUUAGUCAAAAUAAGUCUGGUGGGGUGUCACACUGUACCAUUGCCUCCAAUGACUUCCAACAACGUCCACUCUGAUCUCUGUGCUCCCCAGCGACCAUAGAGAACUCUCAGGAGGCGUACCAGCAGGCGUUUGACAUCAGCAAGAAGGAGAUGGAUCCCACGCAUCCCAUCCGCCUGGGCCUGGCCCUCAACUUCUCAGUCUUCUUCUACGAGAUCCUCAACUCCCCAGAGAAGGCCUGCUCACUGGCCAAACAGGUUAGUCCAGCCCCUCUCCUCUGUCCUGUCCGCUGUUUUCUUUAGAUAUGGGGACUUUGUUUGAAAUGUGGAGAAGUUCCUGUGUUAUCUGCUUGUUCUAUAUCAGAAUGAAAGAAAGAUAAGUGGUGUGUUUGAUUGAAUUGCUAACAAGUAGAUAAGUGUGUGAAUGGGUUGAUUUGUAAUGAUAUGUCUCUUCUGGGAAAAGUUAUUUCAGUGGGAGAUACCAAGUACAUAGCUUGAUAUCUGUGCUGGACAUGCAGGGGGUUUACUCGAUCUAUGGUAGCUUGGAUUUUGCACAGUGAUUCUAUUUUCCAAGCUUGCCGUGUAAUAAAUGUGCUUUUUGUGUCUCCAGGCAUUUGACGAUGCCAUUGCAGAGCUGGACAAACUGAACGAGGAGUCAUACAAAGACAGCACUCUCAUCAUGCAGCUGCUCAGAGACAACCUGACAGUGAGUUCCCUUCCCUAUCUGCUCUGCCAUGUUCCUUAUUCUAGGCAAUCAAUAUUUACGGUCUGUUAAAAAUGAAACUUGGAUGCUGUUUAGAGACUGUACAAUAAUGAUCAUGUUCACUUAUAAGAGUUAAGUUGGAAGACUGCAUGGGUAACGAGGUUUUAGUAGACAAGUUUUUGACUUUUAAAGAUUUGUAGACUUAAUUUAUUUUUUAUUUAUUUUUUUGCAACCCCAUGUGUUUUUAACGUCAAUGUGUCUUUCUCUCUCCAGUUAUGGACAUCCAACAACGCGCCCGAGGAAGGGGAAGGGGAAGGUGGAGAGGCCGGCGAGGCCGGAGAGAACGAGAACUAAAACUCAAACGGGGUCAUCUCUCCAAAAAAAGAAAAAUGACCUUUUUACACGUUUCCAUUCCUUUAUCGCUCCACUUCUAGAUGAUUCUAGCAAUUAAACCAUUACUGUCAAAACUGCGUAUGGAAAUUCCAAAAUCAUUUUAGUAUUUUCAUACUGUAGUUUUUGGACAAGAAAAAUAUUGAUUGGAGAGAAAAAAAGACCCUCCAUUCCUUGGUUUGUGUUCAUCCUGGCCUUCCAUAUGUGCAGUUUCUGCUGUUAGAAAAGUAUGAAUAGCUUCACCUCUUUAUAUCAACGUUUUAGUCCAAAUUAGAGGAAAAAAUAAGAAAUUCUAGGGUUUUUGCUGAGCUACAGAAAAUGUUAGUCCCAUCAAAUACCAGGGCAGUUAAGUAUUCUUAGAACAGGGGUGUUUGCUAAGCA